AUGGUGAAUGACCAAACAGGAACGGAUGUGGCAGGAACAGGAAGUGACAGAGAGUUCAAUAUUCAGCUGCUACCCAAGAUCUCUCCUCUGGGCCGAAUCCCCCAGUGUGUAGCUGACCGCCCCUGGUGUGAGAAUCCAGGUAGGCAGGAGCACCAUCGUUCUCGAGUGGAGGAGGAGGUCCUCCAUCAGUUACUUUGGGAUUCGAUGUCUCGUGGACCAAUUUCAGGAUGGACACAUGAAAGGAAGGAGAGAUGCGUUUCUUGCAAGGGAGUUUCAGGCAUAGAUCGCAAGUUGAAAGCCACACCCUUUGACCUGGCUGAUACUCAGGAUGGGGGUGUCUGUGUCGAUCAGCUUGUAUUUUCUGAUAUCACAAGCUCGUUGGAGAUGGACAUGAGCCCGUCCCAAACCAGCUCACUCCUUCUAAUCCAGUCAUACAUGGCUUCAGAUAUCUCUCCAGACCAAGGGAAUAGGGAUCGAACUCCAAGCUCCACGCCAGAUUCCAUCAAAGGUUCUCCUCUGGCGCUGUUGGAAGACACCUGUAAUCGCAUCGGGUAUUCCCUUGUCUCUAUAUCCGUGGGGCACCACCAAUAUGAAAGGUCCCCAAAUAAACUUUUCCAUCGCACCGAUGGCUCCACACAUGGGCUUUUCCGCUCUAAUUACGGCGUGAGAUUGUCACAGCACCUCCAGAGCUCCUUAAAUCCACAUCACGAAAUGGACCCCGGGUACCAUUAUGGCCUCCCAAACGUGUUGCCUUAUCCGGUGCAAUCCCUCGCAUCAGCAUGCUCUUCUUCCUUUGGCACUCUCCCGCCGGUUUCGACGUUUGUGUCCAAGCCCACCCAACAGAGACGCUUGGCAAGCGAGGAUAUCCAGUGGUGGACUCUACAACAAGAGCCUGGCACUGCCAAUCACGCGUCAACAGUCGCCUCGCAUCAUUUUCAGAUCCAUCGCGGGUGGGUUCCAGGGCACGCUGAAUUUGGGCAGCAGUGCCAGUCCCAAAUCCCAACACGCCUGCACUCUAAAUCGGCCUUUAUAUGUGCGCGGAGAUGCAUGUGCCCUAAUUGCCAAAAGACCCAAGAUGAACCGGGCAGGAGAUGGCAACACUUGUGCAACAUGCCAGGCUGCGGGAAGGUGUACAGCAAAACGUCGCACCUGAAGGCGCAUCUGAGAUGGCACGCAGGUGAGCGCCCGUUUGUGUGCACCUGGAUGUUUUGCGGGAAGAGUUUCACGCGCUCUGACGAGCUGCAGAGACACGUGCGUACGCACACACGUGAAAGGCGCUUCACGUGUCCGGACUGCUCGGAGCGCUUCACGCGCAGUGACCAUCUGGCCAAACACCUGAAGACGCACCAGAUGAAGAAGAACAGACCGUCAUUUCCUAUCCUGGAUCACAUGAAGCAAGAGAACGCGAGGAACUUUUAA